GAGACUCAGACUGAAAUGACACGAACGAGGAACGAGGAACUUCCUGCCCGGCGUCAUUUUCUCUUCCAUGUUGACUCGGAUCUAGUUUUGUCUCUGUCGAGGAUCGUGAAGUUUUCAUUCGGCUCCAAAAAACUCUGAAGUCUCGAUCUGUUCGUGUGUGUCUCGGUGCGCAGCGCAACGCGUCUGGAUCCAGAUCAGAACAACAACAACACAGAGACGUUAAUAUACAGCUGGAUGAUGAGUGCUGCUGAGACUAAGUCGACCCUGGAGUCCAGACUGGACGCCCUGCAGAGCCACUUCACCUGGGACCUGGUCUUUGGAAAGUCCAUCCUUGUCCGUCUCAUGGACACGCUGAAGGACAUCGGCACCGAUGAAAGGAACUACUGGCUGGGUCAUGUUUACAACCUGCAGGGGUUCGUCCACUAUCACAUGGGAUUAGUUGAAGAGGCCCAGAGUUUCCUCAGCAAGGCCACCGAGGCUUUCCAUCAGAUUAGGAAGGGGGACUCAGAUGAGGGUCCCUGGUUGUUGGUGAACUAUGGGAACCUGGCUUGGCUGCACCACUACCUGGGUGAGGAGGAGGAGAGUGAGUCUUACCUGUCAAAGGUGGACGCCCUCAUGAAGGAGUACCCAUCUCCAUCCGAGGACGAGCUCCACCCAGAGGUCUACGCUGAAAAGGCCUGGACCCUGCUGCACUUUGGCAAAGACGAGAAGAAACGAGCUGCAGAUUAUUUCCAGAGAGCCAUCAGGAUGCAGCCGGACAUGGUGGAGUGGCAGACCAGCUACGUCCUGGGGUUGGUGAACGCCUCCAAGCACAAGACGGGCGUAAGCGGAGGCCUCUUGGAGAAACUACGAGCAGCAACGGAGAAGGAUCCAGAGAACAUGUACCUCGCUGUUCACUGUCUUGAACAAAAGGCAAAGGAAGGAGAAGACAUGGAGGAGAUAAAGGAUGAAGCUCGUGAGCUGGCUGAAAAGAUUUUAAUGAAUCCUGUCGGCAGCUACAGUGGCAUUAAACCAAUGCUGAGGCUCUACAAGGAAUACUUCUCCUACAAAGACGCCAUUAAUCUGGCAGAGGAGGCUCUGAGGAAGCAUCCAGACAAUCGCUACCUGAAGAGGUGUGCAGCGCUCUGCUACAAAUGGAAGAUCAUUUUUGACAAGGACACACUCUCAACACCAAGCAUGACGGACAGAGCCAUCAGUCUCCACAAGGAACUGAUCUCGCUUUAUCCCUACUCUGCUCUGGUGAAGAAGAUCGACCUCGCCAGCAUCUAUGCCAAAUCAAGUGAGGGUCUGCACAAAGCAGAGCAGAUCUACCAGGAGCUGCUGGAGCAGGACCUGGAGCCCUUAGAGAAGCAGAUGCUCUACAACCGCUACGCCAAAUACUUGAACUUCGACCUCAAUGAGCACAGCAAGUCAACAGAUUAUCUCAUGAAGUCAGCAGAGAUACCUCACCAGAGCUUCUUCCGUGAGAACAGCAUCAAAGACUUGGUUAACAUCCUGAGACGAGGAAAGAACCGACGGUGUAGUGAGAUCAAGGAGUUUCUGGAAAACCUGCAGGACUAUGAUCCUGUUGAAGCUUUCAAUGAAACCAAACUCAAGAACAAAUCUGUUUACUUGAAGUAACGUCUAAUAACAAUAGACUAAAAGGGAUGUUUAGAACAAUUUAAUGUUUUAGAUCCAAACGUCCCGUUAAUGUUUUACGCAGAUAUCUAGAAGUCUCUUUGGUUUUUUCUGGUGACACUUUAACUACUCUUUAACUUAAAACUUAAAACACAUUAUGAAAUGAUGCACAAACGUCACCUUGAUGCACUUUAACAGUUUGCUGCUGAUAUAUAUAUAUAUAUAUAUGUAUAUAUAUGUUAAUCCACUUUACGCGUCAGUGUGCACACCGUGAUUUAUAAACCUAAGAAAAAACAGAAGCAGAAGAAAUCUGCCUUUCACAAUUACAGCUGUAGGUGAGCUGCACAACCAUCGCUAUCGUUUUGGUUGCACAUCUUCUCAGGUCGUUUUCACUCCAGAGCUGUUUGGUUCGCUGUAAACGAACCACAGUUUGUUUCCUCAGAUAAAAAUGGAACCACGUGUCAGGUGUGAAAACGACCUUAGAAACACAUUUUCUUGACUUCAGGACAUUGAAGGAAAAGCUGGAGAUUGUGAGGAAAGGCUGGUUCUAGCUGGCUGGACCCAGCCGGGGAAACGUGAUGGUUAGCAACUAUGAGCUAUGACGAGAACUCCCUAUAGUUUCUUAAGUUCUGGUGAUUAAUAUGAAUUAUAAUUAUAUUUACAUCUUUUAUGUAUAGUCUUUUUGCUCUUUUUUUGGGUCAACAUGGAUGCUUCUGCUGGAUUAGAUGUGAGUCACGCUGGUGGCUGCAGGAAGGGAGAGGAAGCUAUUAGACCUGUACUGAGUGAGUUCCUUGCUUUAGUAAAGACAUUCAUGUUUUAUGUUUUAUGUUUUUAAUGAAGGGCAUGAAAAUCCCCAGCCCUCCACUGACUGGGUCCAACCAAUCGGAGACACGUGGUUGGACAUUAAGUUCCAGAUUACAUGUAGGACUAUACUGUUACAUCACUACAUUAAGCCCCGCCCCCAAAUUAUCCGAUUGGCUCUGCAGAUCUUUGAUCCCAAUGGAGACUCCAGAUAAACUUUACUCCCAAAAAGUUUGUUUUCCAGAGUAAAUCCAUCCACUAACGCUAAUAAAUAGCCUCUAGGCUAACACAGGUUAGCAGGUUUUUUCCAUUUUGUUAAUGUGCAGUGAAGUAGCUGCGUGAUUGAUAUUUGUUGUUUGUUCUAAAUGAAAAUAAACGAGAAAACAAAACUCUUGA